AUGGACGACGAUGAGAAGGUGACACUGGGCGAGGCCACGCGUGCGCCAUUUGCUGCCAUAAAAGCGGCGGGUGCAGAUGGAAAUGUUGUUAGGCCCGUAAAGCUGCUGGGACCUGAGCAGCAAAACCACGGACAGGGCAUUUUGGAGCAGGCCCUUCUGCUUCCUCACAGGCUUCUCAGCCCUGGUGAGCUGGUCCCUUCGGUAGACAUAGAGAGGCAAUUCAAGGCAGGACUUGGUGCUCAGCUGAGGGCUGCGGUUGCCAAGCAAGAGGAGCAGGUGCGCCUUUUGGAAGCCCUGGUGCAGCGCAAGGGCGAGCAGCAGCAGCAGUUGCAGGCACACCUCGAGGGGUUACUCGAAAGACUCGAUCUCGGCCCUUGCCUGAGCUCCAGCAGUAAUUAUUCAGCGGAGGGGGGGGGUUCUCCUCUUGCAUCUUAG